GCUUCAUUCACCAAACCUCCCCCAUGUGUGAUCCAAACCCUUUCCUUUCACCUGCAUCUCUCUGUGUUCCUCUCACUUUCCUGAAUCAUCACAACCCCGAUAUUCUCAACCUAUAUCUCGGUCGGCAGGUAACACCCCCUCCCGAUAUAUCGGAGGCUCAAGACACGCCGGCCAAGCUGAAUUAUACUGACAUAUUAUAAACAACAUUAGCUCAACUUGCCAGUGAUGCCGAUGGCGGCCGGGAUAGCAUCGCCUACGGAUCGAGCUCCACCAGUGGGGCCCACAAUGGUGCCCGUACAAACGCCGCCGAUGAUGGUGGCUGACGCGUUCGCCAAGGACGCGAUUCUCGCCUGGUUUCGAGGGGAAUUCGCGGCAGCAAACGCCGUAAUCGAUGCGCUCUGCAGUCACCUGGCGCAGCUCAGCGGAGGACCAGGAUCCGAGUACGAGGAGGUAUUCGCCGCUAUUCAUCGGAGGAGGCUGAACUGGAUCCCCGUGCUCCAGAUGCAGAAAUAUCACUCGAUUGCUGACGUUGCAGCGGAACUAAAGCGAGUGGCAGAGAGGAAAUUGAAUGAAAAGAAUGGUGAAAGUGAAAAUAAGAGUGAGGUGGUGUUGAAGGAGUUGUGUUUGGUCGAGGAAAAGAAAGUUGGAGAAAAAGCGACGGAAAACAUAGAAUACGGUGUAGAUGAAGGUGGAGAUGGCGGCGAGAUUGUGGAAGAGGAGGAUUCGCCAGAUAGCGAUAUUACUGAUACAGGAUCUCAAGAAGUGCAGCCCACUAGUCAGAGCAUUGACAUUUGUUCCAACCAUGAAGACUGCAAUCUGCGUCGUGAUCAAAUCAAGUUGACAAAAGGUUUCUCAGCCAAGGAACAAGUGAAAGGGCACAUGGUGAAUGUUGUUAAAGGUUUAAAGUUAUAUGAGGACGUUUUCACUGAUUCUGAGCUAUCUAAGUUGACUGACUUCGUUAAUGAACUCCGAGUUGCUGGUCAGAAUGGAGAACUUGCAGGGGAGACUUUUAUUUUAUUCAACAAGCAGAUGAAGGGAAACAAGAGAGAGCUGAUUCAGCUCGGUGUUCCAAUCUUUGGACAUAUAACGGAGGAAGCUACAAGCAACAACCAAACAAGUAAUAUAGAACCAAUUCCAGCACUUCUCCUAGGUGUCAUCAAUCAUCUGGUUCAGUGGCAACUAAUACCAGAAUAUAAAAAACCAAAUGGUUGUAUCAUUCAUUUCUUUGAUGAGGAUGAAUAUUCACAGCCUUUUCAGAAGCCACCCCAUUUGGAGCAACCAGUCUCUACUCUUCUCCUGUCUGAAUCAACAAUGGCUUUUGGACGUGCUCUUGUGAGUGACAAUGAUGGGAAUUAUAGAGGUCCACUUAUGCUUUCAUUGAAAGAAGGGUCCCUUUUAGUAAUGAGGGGAAACAGUUCUGACAUGGCAAGACAUGUAAUGUGCCCAUCUCCAAACAAAAGGGUCAGCAUCACAUUCUUCAAAGUGCGCCCUGAUGCCAGUCAAGGCCAGUCCCCACCAACUAACCCAGUGGCUGGUGCCAUGACCCUGUGGCAACCCAACAUGCCAGGGCCAUAUGCAAUGCCUAAUGGAGCUCUUGGAGGGUACGAGGCAGUGGAUACGAUGACCAAAUGGGGAGUCCUUCGUACCCCGGUGGUCAUGCUAGCUCCAGUGCCCCCUAUGGUGUUAAGUCCAAAAAGGAUCUCUGGUGGGGGUACUGGGGUUUUCUUGCCCUGGACUGUAGGAUCAAGAAAGCAUGCAAAGCAUCUACCACCUCGGGCCCAAAAAGGGCGGCUUCUCAAAUUAUCUUCUAUUGAAACAGAUUCAACGGAAUCUGCAUCUGAAACAGGUGUCAGUGUCGAAGGAAAAUAGGCAGGAUAGCAUGCAGCAGCCUUGAGGCCUAAGCAGCAUAAGUCAACAAUGGGUAUCAAUCGUGCACUUGUUGCUAAAGGAGCUUGUCAUUGUACAAACGAGGUCUGAAGGGCUGCCAAACAAGCUUGUUAUUUCGAUUCAGUACUCCCUUUUCUCCUCCAUAAGAUCGAGUUCUAGAGUUGGUCAGUACACAAUUCUCUGAUGCCAAUCAUGUCAUGUCGGGUUUUAGGGGUAGUUAAGCUUUAAGUCUGCAGAGUGUGAAUUAGCUCUUGUAGAGGGCAGAAUUUUGUAUUUAAGAGUGACUCCCUUUUAAUCUUUUUCAUAGACAAA